UAAUCUUUUAUUAAGUAAAAAAAUAGGACCCUUUCCUUAAUUCCAAUUACAUUCCUUUUCAUCUCUAAACAAACGCUAUACAUUAAGAUCCACUUUUCAUUCCUUAAUUUUCUCCAACCUACAAUUUUUUUCUUCUUAAUCUCCCUAAUUACCUUCAAUAAACAUUUUCCUCUAAUCAACAUUUUCCCCCUCCCAAUUCAAUAUCAAUGUCCGACGAAUCCACCGCCACCGUCCCCUCCGCCGUCACCACGGCUGCCGGCGACCAAGAAACUGACUCCUCCACCACCCUAAACAAACCACACAUCCGAUGGUCCGAUUCCUACACAAAAGCUCACGAUGCAAUCCAAUCGUUAACUUCCAUUCUCCCUUCCGUUCCUCCUUCACUUUCUUCCUCCGAAACCCCCGCAGUCUGCCUCCUCCGUGACACCGAAACCGCCGCACAGAUCUCUAAACUCCUCCGUCAACCUGAUUCCGGCGCCGGCGACGACAAUCUCUGCCGAUGGCUUUACGAUACAUUCCAAUCGAACGAACCCGAACUCCACCUCGUCGUCCUCCGAUAUAUACCCGUAAUCGCCGGUGUUUAUCUCUCUAAAGUAAAUCUCCAUAAACCAUUAGCUGGAUUCGAAGCUGUUUUACUAGCAUUAUACGCUCAUGAAACUUCCAUUCGCAACUCCCAAUCAAUUACGGUUAACAUUCCAGAUCUAUCACAUUCCAGUAUUUAUCACGAAACAAACAAAGCAGCCAAAAACUCCGCAACGGAGCUCAAUCUAGCUGUAAUAUCCCCAUCCUUAGAACCAUACGGCACUGUUAGAUCAAUGAAACGAGGUCGAAUCGUCGCUGUUGCGUUAGAAUUAUAUUACAGCAAAAUCCCCCAAAUCCCAGUUGAAUCUAAACUUGAAUUCUGCGAAUUCUGUAGGAUUUGGUCGUCAGGGAAAUUGAGCGUUGUUGAAAGUAGUAACUAUAACGGAGAGGUGAAUAGGAGGAUUCAUUUGCCAUGGGAGUUGCUGCAGCCGAUGUUGAGGAUUUUGGGGCAUUGUUUAAUGGGACAUAAAAAGGAUGAGAAAUUGUACGAAAGUGCAAUUAGUGCAAUUGGGUGUUUAUAUGAAAGGGCUUUACAUGAUUUGAAUACGAAAGCGAUAUUAGCUACUGGUAGUCUUCUUCAGCUUGUGAAGUUGGGAUCGGAAUGUGAAAAUGUUGAUUAUACAGAGAUUACAGAAUCGAAUACCAUUACGCUUUGAAGAGGUGUAUUAUGUUUGUUUUUUAUACUUUAAUUUG